UCCUCCUAAUCUCUUCCCCCUCCGCCAACUCCGGAAGGGAACCCUUUCAAAAUUUCUUCCACGUGGAAGCGUAGGACCAAUUUCAUCAGCACAAUCCGGAAUGGUCAACAUGGCGGCGGCCGUCAGGUGCCUCAGUAGAGUCUUGAUACAUCAAAGGCAUAAUCUUUCCAAGAUGGCUUAUCAGACACCUCUUUAUCCUUGUUCUGCAUGUGUUCAUGUGCCUAAUAGACAUUUUGCUGCUGCUGCUGCUGCUAGGAGGCCUGAAAAGAAAACAAAAAAAGGUACCAAAGAAAAAGCAUCAAAUGAAAAACAAGAUGACAUAGAAAAAAUAAAGUCAAUCCCCUUUAUGGAAGAUGAACCUGAGGAUGAUGUUUACUUAAAACGCUUAUAUCCAAGACAGAUCUAUGAGGUGGAGAAAGCUAUUCAUUUACUUAAGAAAUUUCAAAUUCUGGACUUUACAUAUCCAAAGCAAGGUGUUUAUCUUGAUUUGACACUGGACGUGACACUGGGGAAGAAGAAAAAAGUGGAGCCAUUUGCCAGUGUUGUUAGUUUGCCAUACCCAUUCCUUUCAGAAAUCAAUAAAGUUGCUGUAUUUACAGGGAAUGCAUCAGAGAUUAAAAUAGCAGAAGAACAUGGAGCUGCAUUUGCAGGAGGAACUAAUCUGAUUCAGAAGAUUUUGGAUGAUGAAAUUGAGCCAGACUUUUAUGUAGCUGUUCCAGAAAUUAUGCCCGAGCUUAAUCCAUUAAAGAAGAAACUGAAAAAAAGAUUUCCAAAGCUUAAUCGAAAUUCCAUUGGCCGUGACAUCCCCAAAAUGCUUGAAUUAUUUAAAACUGGAAUUGAAAUUAAGGUAGAUGAAGAAAGGGAGAACUUUCUCUCGACCAAAAUAGCAACAAUUGGCAUCAAAGUGAAAAUUCCUCUAGUAAUGUCCACACCCUCUUAUUUAGGGUUUGGUACUGCAUCUUGCCCAAGAGAGUAUCAGGUAAAUGUUGUCUGAUGAGGAUGAGAAUACAUUUUUUUCCCCGAGGAAUUAUCUUUAUCGUUAUGUGACACAUUUCUCAGGGUCAUUGGAAAAUAGAAAUCUUGUUUGAACUUGAACUCUUACUGUGUGGUUUUUGCUGGUUACUCUAUUAUAAGUUUUAUAUGAAUUUUAAAAAAAUGGAUUCAUUUUGUAAAGUGCAAAAUCCUCUAAAUAUUGAAAUGUAAUAUAACUGGUUUUAACUGGGAUAUUUAAGAAUAACAUGUAUUGAAUUUGAAUAAUAAACAUAAGGACUUUCCGAAGGUGUGAGUUUCCCAAGUUUUAGGAGUUUAUGAAUAGAUCUUAUUCCCUGCAUUUAUUGACUUGGUGUAUUUUUAGCUAAAUAGCAGGAUAAUUAUUAUUGCAUAGAGUGUUAGCAUAGCAUCCUCAAAAUGUCUCUGUGUGAGAUUUGUGCUUGUCUGAAUGUAUGUAGUCAAGUCAUUUUAUUUUGAACUUGUGAAAGCAUUAAUUUCUAAACAUUGUCUUUGUUUUCUUCAAAAGUAAAUCAGUAACCUCAAAAGAAAAUAUUACUUAUUUCUUGAGGGUUAGGGGUUACAGAUGUGUGGUGUAUUCUGCCCCAGGAUAAGUUUUGGGGAAAUUACUUGGAAAUCAAGGAAUCUCAAGUGGAACUACUUCAAAACACUGCUGUAAUAUGCUCUGUAAGGUAAUUAAGUCUUGACAUAUAAAGACAUGUAAAUGUAGCCUUCUAAAAGAAAGUUAUAGGCUUUUCUUUCACAGUAGGGACUCUUAAUAAAUAAUUUACAUUAGUUGAAUAUUUGAAAAAUACUGUAUAGAAUAAGCAGUGAUACAGUUACCAAAAUUUGUAUUGU